AUGGACGCAGAAGACAAGUCUACUCAGUCCCAAACGGAUGUCCUCAUCAUCGGUGCUGGGCCAUCCGGCCUGAUGGCAGCCUACUGGAUGGCUCGCUGCGGAGUCAACGCACGCAUUCUCGACAAUCGCGACACGAAAGUCUUCCUAGGCCACGCAGAUGGGCUUCGCGCACGUACGCUUGAGUUAUUCGAUAGCAUGGGUUUCCAACACCGUGUUAUGCAGGAGGGAUCCAUCUCUACCGAGGCGAAUAUUUGGGUCCCCGGUCCGCAAGGAAAGCUUAUUCGACAGGCCCUCAUUGAUAUCUUUAGGGUUGACGAGUCACCCUUCCACAACACACGUUUGAAUCAGGGACGCAUUGAGCGGUUCAUUCUCGAUAGCAUUCGGGAGCACUCUGAUCUUGACGUGGAACGGAGUGUGAUCGCCGACUCUUUGGAAUAUGACGAGGAAUUAAGCAAUGAUCCUAACGCAUAUCCUAUCACUGUCAAGGUCCGAGUUCUUGGGGAAGAUGCCUCGAAUUUGCCAUGCGGACAAGAAACGGAUGCUGAGUCUGAAGCUGCUGGAAACGAGAUGAACCGCAAUAACUUGUUUCCUGAUGACUGGGCCGAUCUAUCCCCGCGCAAACGGCCACAGAAGACGCAGGUCGAGACAAUCAAGGCCAAGUAUCUGAUCGGGUGUGAUGGUGCCCACAGCUGGACGAGAAAACAGCUAAACAUCCCCGUGGAAGGGUCCAACACGGACCAUAUUUGGGGCGUGAUAGACGUGAUACCCCUCAGCGACUUCCCGGACAUCCGCCGCGUAAGCGUCGUGAACAACGCUGCAGGCACGAUUCUCGUGAUCCCACGCGAGCGCGGGUUAGUCCGCUUCUACGUCCCGGUGCAAACCUGUGAAGCGGGCGCAACGGACCGAUUCGACCGCUCAAAAAUCACGCCGGAGCUAAUCCGAGAGCGUGUGCAAGCCAUCUUCGCCCCCUUCACUUUCGACUUCAAGGAAUGUAGUUGGUGGACGGUGUAUCAAGUCGGGCAGCGGAUCGCCACGCAAUCCACGAAAGACAAUCGGAUCUUCCUUGCUGGUGAUGCAGUGCAUACGCAUUCACCUAAGAUGGGACUUGGAAUGAACAUGAGUAUGCAGGAUGGGUUCAAUGUUGGAUGGAAGAUUGCUCUUGCCGUGGCGGGUACUCUCAAGCCUGAGAUUCUCGAUACUUAUGCUUUGGAGAGACACCCACUUGCGGAAAUGUUGCUCGACUUUGAUCGUCAUUGGUCGCCUAUGUUUACCGAUCGGAAACCUGGAGUGGCGGAUACGAAAGCUUCGGAUAUGGCCCUUGUCGCGGGGAAGUUUGAAGACUUCGCUGAUGGGUGGAAGGUCUUUUACCCCGCGAGCAGUCUUGUUCGGAAGGCCGAAGAGAAUUCCGAAUUUGCAUUUGCGCGGCACCUGAUCCCCGGGGAGAGAGUUCGGCCGGUGAAGCUUCGCAAUCACGCUGAUGGUGGUACGCAAUGGACGACAAGAGUGUUGGAAAGCGAUGGGCGCUUUCGCAUUCUAGUUUUGGCAGGGGAUAUAGGGAACCCAGUGCAGAAGCAACGCAUUGAGGUUUUGAGUCAGGCUUUGACUGGACAGUCUGGAUCAAUUAGUUCACCUCUGAGCCGCUACAUGGAGAUUCCUGGUCGAUUCAAGAGUCCUGUUGAUGUACUCACAAUUCAUGCUUCGUCGUGGAAAGAAGUAGAAUUUUUUGAUUUCCCAGAGAUUCUGCGUCCAUUUGAUUCGGUCAAAGGAUGGGCAUAUGACAAUAUUUGGUGUGAUGAUGCCUGCCUGUUUGAUCGAUAUUGUGAUGGAACAGCGUAUGAGAAAUGGGGAGUUGACCGGGCUCUUGGGGCGCUAGUGGUCAUUCGCCCGGAUCAAUAUAUUGGAUGGGUGGGUGAACUUGGAGAUGUGGAAGAAUUGACACGGUACUUAGAUGGAAUUCUUGUCAACAAGUUGCUGACGGACAAGAUUGACCCGGUCCUCUAG